GUGGACAGCCGCAAAGUGUGAAACACCUCAUAGAAAACCAGUAGUCAACUGUCGUUUUUAUUCUAUUUAUAUUUUUCAUCUGCGGCAGAGUUUCAACUUAAUGUUAGCCUGGUAGCUAACUGGCUAACAAUAUACCACAGUCAGCAGGUCGACCGGCUAACAUGAGAAGUAAAACUCUGGCUUCACGGAGGAGGUAACAUUAGGCUCAUGUGACGACUGUUAGCAGCACGCUGCCUAUUUCUCGUCUUCAUCUGUUGCCUGUUGAAGCAGAAUCAACGUGGUUUAAGGCGUAGCCUGUCCGUCAGACUCCGAGCAGCCUAUCCCAGAGGAUCCACCGACACACACUGAAAAAUGCCUCCUUCUGGUAACUUGUAGGCUGUAAAAUGAAGAUGGAUUGUAUCGGCAGCUAGCUUGUUCUUUCUUAACCGACCAUGUAAUCUGUCUCAUCGCAGAAGACGGUUGACUCGUGACUGAUCGCGGUAGGACGGUUCAGGAGGAGCCGGUUACAGCCCUCCGAACAACGGGAAGGAAAGACGCACCGACACCGAGGGGCACCUCCGAGCUCUGCCCUCCUCCGGCCGUGUGAACUGGAACGAUUUUUUUUUACCGUUUGACGCCCCAUAUGCCUGAGCCUAAGCACGUCUCAACACCCUGAAGGCAAGCAGGGAGAGAGAGAGAGAGAGAGAGAGAGAAAAGGAAGGAAGGAAGGAGGGAGGGGAGGGAGGCAGCGGCAGCUCCGGGGUCCCCGACACUCAGCCGAGGAGCGGCAUCGCUGAAAUGAGAUGAGGCUCAGAAAUGGAACUGUGGCCACUGCGAUUAUUUUCUUCACGUCUUUCCUCAGCCUGUCCUGGUACACAGCGUGGCAGAAUGGCAAAGAGAAGCUGAUAGCAUAUCAGCGGGAGUUCCAUGCCUUGAAAGAGCGCCUUCGUGUGGCAGAGCACAGGACGCUGCAGCGCUCGUCUGAGCUCAACAACAUUCUGGAGCAGUUCAGACGGGCCAUUGCCGAGACUAACAGCAGCAAAGAUGCCCUCACAAACUUCUCAGAUGAGACACAGAAACUGCUGAAGGAGCUAGCAAAUAGGAAACCUCUCCAGGUGCCAAAUAUCUACCACCACCUGCCUCACCUUCUCAACAAUGAGGGCAGCCUGCACCCCGCUGUGCAAGUUGGUCUCGGCCGCACAGGAGUUACCAUGGUGAUGGGGAUCCCCACGGUGAAGCGGAAGGUGAAGUCAUAUCUGUCAGAGACGCUGCGUUCGCUUAUAGACAAGCUUUCACCAGAGGAGAAACUCGACUGUGUCAUCAUUGUCUUUGUUGGCGAGACUGACGUAGACUACGUGCACAGUGUGGUUGCUGGUCUAGAGAAAGAGUUUUCUACAGAGUUGAAUUCAGGUUUGCUGGAGGUGAUUUCUCCUCCUGCCACCUAUUACCCCGAACUCACCAAUCUCAAAGAGACUUUUGGAGACUCCAAAGAGAGGGUCAGAUGGCGAACGAAGCAGAAUCUGGACUAUUCCUUCCUCAUGAUGUACGCUGUGAGCAAAGGGGUUUAUUAUGUUCAGUUGGAGGAUGACAUUGUGGCCAAGCCCAACUACUUUGCUACUAUGAAGAACUUUGCCCUCCAGCUGUCAUCAGAGGACUGGAUGAUCCUGGAGUUCUCCCAGCUGGGCUUCAUCGGAAAAAUGUUCCAGGCUCCGGACCUAAACCUCAUUGUGGAGUUCAUCUUUAUGUUUUAUAAAGAGAAACCCAUCGACUGGCUGCUGGAUCAUAUUCUGUGGGUCAAAGUCUGCAAUCCUGAGAAAGAUGCGAAACACUGCGAGCGACAGAAGUCCAGCCUACGUGUGCGGUUCAGACCCUCCUUAUUUCAACAUGUCGGACUCCAUUCUUCUCUCGCUGGAAAGAUCCAAAAACUCACAGACAAAGACUUCCUGAAGCCGCUGCUCCACAAGAUGCAUGUGAAUCCCCCAGCAGAGGUUUCCACUUCAAUGAAGGUAUAUCAGGGUCACACGCUGGAGAAAACAUACUUGGGAGAGGACUUCUUCUGGGCCAUCACUCCUACCACAGGAGACUAUGUCCUCUUUAAAUUUGACAGACCUGUUAGCAUAGAGAGGUUCCUGUUUCGCAGUGGUAACCAGGAGCACCCAGGGGACAAGAUCGAGAACACCACAGUGGAAAUACUGCCUGUCUCGGAAACUGGACUGCAGACCAAAGAGAAGUACAAGCGAAGUGAAGACCGCUUUUACAGGAUUGGUCAGUUUGAAAAGGGUGUGGCAGAAGGGGCUGUGGAUCCUUCCUUCAAUCCUGUCUUGGCACUAAGACUUUCGGUUGUCAAAGACUCAGCUGUGUGGGCCAUCCUCAGCGAAAUACAUAUAAAGAGGAUAGCAGGCUGACUGUUGUGAAGGGGAACAUGAAUCAUGGCCCCUGGGGGACCAAAAUCUCUUAGACUGCUUACGCAGGGCCUCUGGCACCUAGCAACCGGCAGUGAAGUCAUUAGAGCCCACUAGAGUUGCUCGUCUGAAGAACGCCACCUUUCUGUCCUGGCUCUUCCUAAUGUACCUUGUUAUUUUUCUUCUCAUCGAUCGAUAUCUCCCUUUCUUUCUGCAUCCCUCCCUCACUCGUGUGCUCUUAAUUCAUUUGUGAGAAUGUGAAUACUACUGUCUAAAAAAAACAACAGCAGAGUGUGUGAAGAAAUCUGCUCCCAGCUCUGCCUCUCAAAGUGACUGUGUCGUCCAGCAGCUUUGAACACAAUCAGAAAACACUUGGAUGAAUGAGGACAAAUCAUCACAUCUCGGGAGAACCAGUCACCUGGCCACUGGUAUCGAUGCUGCCAAAUCUCUUUUACUCAAUGCUGCCACCUAUGGGCACGCUGGGGCAUUGCACUAGCGCCACAGCACAGCCCGUGAUGAUCAAGAAUGUUCAAUCAUCACUAAUGGCCAGAUGCUCUCUGUUCUCGACUGAGAUGACGGAGCUUCAGAUCAACACCAGCCCAAACUAAAAUGUUUUUCUCACUCCGAGUAUUGUCGGUCUCACUGAAAUACUCCACUCGUCCUGAAACUUAGACUCAGGAUGAGUUGCAAAAUCCUGCCUGAAGCCAGUCGGUGACAACUUUGACCAUAGGUUAGAUUUUCUCGGUAACUACCCCAAUCCAUCAAGAAAAUACGAACCAUGACAUCAUACCUAUCUCACCUCCCGUCUGACGAGCUGUGUAUGACCUUGGUGUCCAUUUAUAGAAAAACCAAUCAGACAUUGCCUUGGCGUCAUUUUCCUGAAGGAAUAUAUUGUUAUAUUGAUAUAUUAUUACAGCUAUGACGAUCUAUGAAGGUGACUUAAUUUAUUUGAAAUAAAUCUUUAAUUUGUACAAGAGGUAAAAUAUAUUUUUAUUCUAUUAAGAGAUGUUUAUUGUAGUUCAGAGUCUGUUUUAUUUGCAUACUGUUUGUGUGUGUGUCUCAAAUGCUAUUGUACAUUUUAUUUUAAAUGUUACAGCUACUUCGGAAGUUGCUUUGUUAGCCGGUGUGAGUAUCUCAGUUCAGUCGGCGUAACAGUUUCUUUUUACUUGAAGUCAAGCAUUUCAACUAAAACGAUUUUCACUGCUAAAUGCUGAACGGUAGGAGAGUUGUGAAUGGAUUCAGUUCAAGUACUUGUGAGUCAAAUUUAGAGAAACGUGCCUUAAAUCCAAGUCCCUGCUCAUGUCUCCGUGACAUUUUUCCAAUGUGUUCCCUCACACUUUUGCCUGCACUUCAUUUGCUGGAUAUAUAAUAAUAAUCUGAAAACAACACAGUCCAGUUAGUGCUUGGAUGUUAAGAACAAUAUAUUAUACUGAGUGGAAGUGGUAAAGUAGAUUUUUGUGAGAUUACCAUGUUUAACAGUGUGCUUUGCACUGCUAUUUCACUUUUUGUCACACCCUUAACCAUUGUACUUAAAUUUUCAUCCAUCUUCACAUUUUAGGUGCUCAUUUCACAGACUCCCUUUAACCCACCUAAUGAUUUAUUUAUUUAUGUCCAAUCACAUAUCAGUUUACUUACGGAUCAUUUCAGAGUGCUUCUUUCGUUGUAUGAUGUGGCUUAGGUUGUGUAGUACUUUCACUGAUUGUAAAUAUAUUUAGAAAAAAGCAAUGAGCAUCUCUCUCUCUCUUCACUCUCGCUCUUCUGCCUCACUUAAUAGUUUAUUGAAAUUGACUUGACGUUUUAAGUGGAAGCUAUUUUUAAGUGAAGCCUCACUGUCGUUUUUGAAAUGUCAGUGGUUUAUUCAAGGAGGUAAAGAAGUGCCUUUUGUUGGAAUUGAUAUGAGAAUGGAAGAAAUGUUCCUAAUCAUGCUUGUUCACAUGCACAUUCAUAUUUGAGUGGUGUUUCGUUUGGUCAGAGCAGGCUCCUUCGCCCCUCGAUAAAACCAUCCAUGGUAGAGCUGUACUUAAAAAACUGAAGUGGUUAGAACUCCUGCCUCUUGAUCUUUUUUUUUUUUUCAAGUUGGGAGAAAAAGACCGUUAAAGGGUGAGGUUUUGGUAGUGGGGAAAGCCACUUACGCUUCUUCUAACUGGACCAGACUCUGACCCUUGUCCCACAUCCACAUACAAAUGGAAACUGAAUGCAUGAAAACAGCAUGGGCAGUCAUGUGAUCCCUGAAAGACAAGAACAGAAAAAAGAACUCUUCCCUAGCUUGACAACCCCAUUUCCCCCCCCUCAGUUCAUGUGCCUUCAUCAUGUACAUGUGUAUGCCUGCCUCUGAUGAUUUUGACAUCAUUUUUCAUGGACAUCUUUGAAAU